AUGAAGCAAAAGAUGUGCGUCAGCAUGUUGAUGCUGGCUGUUUGUUGGACCACUUCGCUGGCCUUCAAACUCUCCGGAUCCAAUGCCCCGAUCAAGUUUUCCGACUCCCACAACGAAACCUCGAACAAGAUCAUUGAGGAAGUGGUUUCCGAGAACUUGAACGCGGACAUGAAGGACAUCAACGGGAUUCCGAAUCCCAUGGGCGACAACGAGAGCGAGAAUAACGAGACCAACGAAGGUUUCGGCGACCUGGCCAAGAAUUUGGAGUUCCUCUUGCUGAAGGUCGCGCAGCUUGAGACGGUUGCCGAGAUGCAUGAAGCACGGAUCGAGACGCAGCAGCUGCAGAUCGAUGAGCAUCGCAAGGUGAUCGAAGCACAAAACAAGGAGAUCCAGGCUUUGAAGGGCGAAGGCCGUGAGGGAGACCCCGCCGGAGGGGUCUUCUUGGAGAUUGAGCACAAGGAUGCCCAAACGCGAUUGAGUGAGGCCCAGAACAUCCUGACGAGUGUGAUCAAAAAGCACACCCGCCAGCGCGAGACGCGCAAGUUCCAUGAAGAACCAGAGUCGGAGGUUGAAGAGCCGGAGGUCGAGCUGGCAGGUGAAGGUGCAAGAUCGCAGCAGGCAUUUUCCACCAACGAGUCUGUAAGCUGGCCGUGGAAGCACCGGAGACGAAGGUGGAAUCCGGUUCAUAUCGCGAAAAGUCUGGGCGAGACGAUGUCGGACGGCUAUAACGCUGCGAAGGACAAGGCGCAAUGGCUGGCGCAAAACACGAUCAACACCGUUGAGGUCGCCAUCAAGGUUCUGAGCAAUGGCUUUUCAGAUUUCGGCGCCAGCUGCCCCCACAGAACAGCUGCUGGCUUCGUAAACUUUGACAUGCACCAUGGUGUCAGGAUCAGGUUCGGGUCCUUCAACUGCAAGAUCAGCUUGAUCGGACAGUCGACCGGCUUGUUCGGGUUUGAUUUGGGCACGCAUCACGUUCCUUUUCCGGCAGAACUGCGGGCCAUCGGGCACAUCGGAUGGGACCUGGCGCACCACUGCCACGGUCACCACAACCACAUCACAAUCCAGAGGUGCCUCGCCCGGUUCCUUGCCGUCCACACUCCCGUACUCGAUCUCUUGCCAGAGCAAGUGAGAAAAGUCACGGAUGGCCGGAUUCAUGAGCUCUUCCCUUCGUACUUUGGGAUACUUGGCCACAUUGGAUGGGAAGUCGUGCACCAUUGCCCAGGACACCACAACCACAUUGAGGUGACCAAGUGCCUUGCCAGAUCGCUUGCGAAAUACAGUCCCCCAUUGGACUUCCUGCCUGACCAAGUCAAGCUCGUUGCAGGGUCGGCGUACGAGGCUGUUCGGACAGUGUUCAGUGUUGGAUGGGAGCUGGCGCAUUGUCCACACCGCGGUCACCACCAUCAUUUGAUUGGAUGCCUUGGCGGUUGGAUCCAGCACCUGGCUCCAGCUGUGCAUUGGAUGGCUGCUCCACUGCAGUUGGUUGCAGGGUCGGCGUACGAGGCCGUCCGGACAGUGUUCAGUGUUGGAUGGGAGCUGGCGCAUUGUCCACACCGUGGCCACCACCAUCAUUUGAUUGGAUGCCUUGGCGGUUGGAUCCAGCACCUGGCUCCAGCUGUGCAUUGGAUGGCUGCUCCAUUGCAGUUGGUUGCAGGGUCGGCGUACGAGGCUGUCCGGACAGUGUUCAGUGUUGGAUGGGAGCUGGCACAUUGUCCACACCGUGGCCACCACCAUCAUUUGAUUGGAUGCCUUGGCGGUUGGAUCCAGCACCUUGCUCCACCGCUGCAUUGGAUGCCCCACCCCGUGCACGCACUUGUAAACGGCCAGAUAAUGAGCCUCUUGCCGGGGAAACUCGGCCAAAUUGCAGACGGCAACAUCAUGGGUCUCUUGCCGGGGGAAUUCAGCAAAAUUGCAGACGGCAACAUCAUGGGGCUCAUGCCUGGGCCAAUGCAACUUCUUGGAGGUGGCCAAACGAAUUCCAUCCAAAAUAUGCUUACCAUGGGCGAUGCACUCAUGGAUUGCGCCGGCUCCCAGCAAAGUGACCUGGUCAAGUGCCUCGGAUUCAAGAUCAUCUCAAAUGUUCCUCCUCUGAACUUCCUGAACCGUUUGGGCGACAUCUUCAGAGAGUUCAUCGAGGCCUUCGCCAAGGUGGCCACCAAGUUGGCGGCUCAAGCGAUGAAGGGAGGGGAAUCCCUGCUGCAGACGGCGGCCACCACGGAGUUCCCCUCUGCCGGUGCUCAGGCGAUGGUGCAUCACAGAGGACCCAACCUCGUCAUUACGAAGCACUCGCAGCAGCUGCCGCACAGACAGGCCGAGUUGCUGCAGGAGAUGGCCAACCUGGAGGAUUCUAAGGAUCCACCGGCCGCCGUCAAGUGGAGCUUUGAAGACUACGGCCCUGAGACCCAUGCGCUGGUCACCCAGUUCAAUGGCAGGGAGACGGCGACCGGAUCCUGCCUGGCAUUCGCACCCAGGAAUAAGACCGGCAGCAACAACCAGGCGACCCAGGAGGAUUGGCAGGCGGAUACCAAGGACGACUUCAUUAAGCUGGAGCCUUGGGCGGUGCCUUGCGGCAACCAGUGGAUGAAGGACCAUUGGGACAAGUGGCAGGGGUAUUCCUUUUACUCGGUGGAUUUCUCGAUUGAGAAAUGCCUUACGGUGACUUUCCAGUUGAACAUGCAGCCCGUGGUGGCCUUCGUGGGUGGCAUCCAGUUCGACUUGCUGCCCGGGCCGUUGGCCGAAAUCGACACACAAGUCUGCUGGCCGCGGCACCAGCCGGGUGGGCUGGACCUCAGCGUGUUGCGGUCCGUGAUCAAGUCGAACGGUGUGAUGCUUUUCAGCCGGACACUUCGCCUGUCCAAGAGGUUUGGCGACGACACGCACUUCGUGAUGGAGAACGUCCACGGAGGCCAUCAGACAGCGCGAAGCUUCUUCGGUGCGUCCGCAACAGAUGGCGAGAGUGGAACCGGCAUGGCCUCCAUGAAGAGGUCGUCGCUUCUGGAGAGCAACCAGACCAAGGCGCAGGCGAAGGCUCGUUUGCAGGAGUCUCUGCACUGGGAGACGGACGAGGAGGAUCUGUAUUUGGCUUCGGUCGAAUACGGAGAGGACAUGGGCAUCAACAAGACGUCCGAAGUCCGAGGAUCCUCUGCCAGAGACCUCAUCAACUCCCUUCAGUCCACGUCUGAGGACAAAUCGGAAGCCGACACCUUCAAGCUGUUCGGCUUCAAGAACCCGGGCUUGGUGAACUUCGAGAUCAGCGGGCUCUUGUCUGGCAACUGGCUUCAGCUUGGCUUGCAGAUGGGCUUCGGAGACAAAUACCAGAGCCCUAAGAUGACCAUCCCUUUGGUGAACCUUGCAGAUCAGUUCGCUCUGAUCUUGGCAGCAGUGCCGGAUGCGCUGGUUUCCACGGAGAGCCGGGCACGGGCUAUUGCCGCCUUGAAGGACUUCUCGUCCUCGGAUGUCCAAGAGGUCAAGAGCAAAUCCAAAGUGGCAAAGAUGGCAGACGGCGGGGCCGAGGGCAAGGACGAAUGGUCCUUCAGCGUCAACGCGCCGCCCGUCGGCUCGGACAUCAAGCGCCAGGAGAGGCCUGCUGAGGUGCUUCGCGACUGCGAGGGCAUCCUGGUGAAGGGCAGCAGCUCUUGCUCACAUUUGCAGGAUGCAGACUGCAAUAGCCACUUCGUGCUGACCGGAUUCCGCGCCAUUCAGUGCACAUGGACGGACGGAAGGUGCUUGGCGAUGGGCUCCCGCUGUAAGACAGCACACCUAUAUCAUCAGCCUGCCGCCCAGUCUUCCAUGGUGGCCUGGUUCAAGAGUGAGGAUGCCGAUCCAGCUUGGAAGAGCGCAGUGGGCAGCUGGCAAGCUCGAGUCACCAAAGGCAGCGUCAACAGAAAGUUCAAUGCAGGCAAUGGGGCAACAGUACCCGUGGGGUACCUCGACGGUCUCACCAACGCCGGAUUAGACUUCGGCAAGAUCAUGAAGCCGGAGUUCACGAUUUGUUCCAUCACCCGCUAUCUUGCAGGAGGCGUAAUGGGCCGCAUUCUCCAAACUGGUCAUCAUCCCAAUUUCCUCCACGGCCACUGGGUUGGCCGCGUAGGUGUGGCUCACUACAACACUUGGGUCACGCCCCAUGAAGGUUCAAGCAAUACCGAUUGGCUUGUGAUGUGUGGCAACAAUAAGGGGGUUGUCUACGUGGGCAACGAACGGCGCAACAUCGCCAUCCGCCACGGUCAUCUCCACGGCGAAGACUUCCACUUGUACAUCAACGAGGGCUUCGCCAAUGAAGCCUCGGACUUCGGUGUGAUGGAGGUCAUCACGUGGAAUCGGGCGCUUUCCGAAGACGAGAUGUGGGCCAGCAUGGAGUACCUGAACUGGAAGCUCCAGGCUUACCAACCAGCUGACAAGACGUCUAUGGUGGCCUGGUUCAAGAGCGAGGAUGCCGAUCCGGCUUGGAAGAGCGCAGUGGGUAGCUGGCAAGCUCGAGUCACCAAAGGCAGCAUCACCAGGAAGGUCGAGGCUGGAAACGGCGCUACGAAACCCGUGAAUUACCUCACCGGCCCCACCAGUGCCGGACUAGACUUCGGCAAGAUCAUGAAGCCGGACUUCACGAUUUGUUCCAUCAGCCGCUAUCUUGCAGGAGGGGUUAUUGCCCGCAUUCUUCAAACUGGUCAUCAUCCCAAUUUCCUCCACGGCCACUGGGGUGGCCGCGUAGGUGUGGCUCACUACAACACUUGGGUCACGCCCCAUGAAGGUUCAAGCAAUACCGAUUGGCUUGUGAUGUGUGGCAACAAUAAGGGGGUUGUCUACGUGGGCAACGAACGGCGCAACAUCGCCAUCCGCCACGGUCAUCUCCACGGCGAAGACUUCCACUUGUACAUCAACGAGGGCUUCGCCAAUGAAGCCUCGGACUUCGGUGUGAUGGAGGUCAUCACGUGGAAUCGGGCGCUUUCCGAAGACGAGAUGUGGGCCAGCAUGGAGUACCUGAACUCAAAGCUUGCGAAUGGUUCUCAGUGUAGCGACCGCAGUGCAGAGCUGCUGAAGUUUGUCUCGUUGUGGUUGAGCUGGUGUGCUUCGAUCGUCCACACGGCGACCAAUCAGGGAGAUGAGCUGGUGGAGAUGCUUCACACCACCGAGGCCACAGCGGAUGAAUUUGCCAAGGCCCCGAAGGAUCCCAAGAUGAUUCAGCACGCCCUGCAGGUGUCGAAACAGAUGGUGGACCUGGUCAACGAGGUGAAAUCCAGUGACAAGGCCAUCCAGCAGAGCUUGGCCAAGACAGGAGACCCACUAGUCUACGACGACGGAUCCAUCAAUCGUAGUGACAUUCCAGACCCGGGUGAGGAGGUCGGGCGUUUGGCCGAGGGCAUCGCCAAGCUCGCACGAAAGCGUGGGGACGACAAGAUGCUGAAGAAGACCGAAGGCAAAAUCGUGGAGCACAUGAUUGCCGUCGAGAAGAUGGUGGACGGGGCUAAGGAAGCGGAAGAAGUGGGUGUCGAUCCGCGAGACAUGCUGGCAGAUGAGCCUGAGAACGACACAGCCGAGUUGGUUGAAUCCUUCAGCACGGAUGCAGCUGGUUCGGACACUGACGACGAGGGCCUCGUCGCAGAGUCUUGGGAGAUUGACGAGAUGGACGUGGACUCCAUGGAUGCGUUCACUCGCGCCAAGAUCUGCGAGCUUCUUCCAAGCUUGCGAUGCGAUGCUUGCGGCGAAAACGCCAGCACGCUGCAAGAGUACCGAGACUGCGUGGGGCAUGAGGUCGUGUUGUUCCAGGAGAGCCGAAAGCUGAAGGCAAAGCAGGAGCAGUACCGACAGCAGCUUGAUGAAACGGUGCAGCGAACGAAGGGGAUGAAGAAGCUGAAGCGCAAAGGCAUGCUGGUGGCGCACGACGCCCUACAGAUAUGGGGCAUUCACCGCAAUUGGGCAAGAUGGACAUCCGAUCCCACUUGGCCGCUGGAUGCUUUGAAAGGCGAGCCAGCAAAGGCGGGUUGGCAAUCCUUCAGUGCUGACUCGCAGGUGAUACUCGAUACGCACAUCGCCGAGUUCCAAACUGGCGCAGUGGACAUUGCCAAGGAGGAAGCGGCGGCAAGCGGGGACACUCUCUAUGCUGCGCAUCUGGAAGAUCACGUGGGUGAGGCUAUGGAUAUCAAAACGGGUGGCGAGGAUCUGAUGGCAAGAGGCCAAGAGCUCCAACAGGGCGGCACCGAGCUCAUGGCAGACGCACAGAGUAGUAUGGCCGAGGCCCAGGCCAUUCAAGCAGACAGUGCGCAGCUGCAGGCCGACAUGCAACAGACGUCGCAGGCCAUGGAGAUGGAGAUCCAGAAAUGCCAGCAGCCUCCGACGCCUCUACAACCGAGCCAAUGUGAUCCGCAAGAGAUAAACCGCCUGGCCAAUGAAAUGGAUGCGCACCGGGCGGAAGCAGAAUCCAUUGCGGAACGUGGUGAGGCACUCGGCGAAGAGAUGCAGGUGCACUCGGAAGAGGCACAGCGUAUGGCGCAGGACGCAGAAGCCAUGGCUGCCGAUGCAGAGGAGCUAAAGACUCGCGCUCUUGUCCUCAAAGAUGAGGCACUGGCAGAUCUGACUUCCAGCGAGACGCUGAACGCUGUGGCUUCCGAGCUCAAGGAUUGUGCCAAGCGUAUAACUACCCGGGUCUUGGACUUGGCUGCCCAGACUGCCAGAUCCAUGACAAGUCAGAUCUUGGCCUUGGUCCCUGAUCUCUUCCUCGCCUGCCUAGAGGCCGCUCUUGACAUCAUCACAGGUUUCGGCUGGAUCAUCACAGCUGCACGGUUGACCUACAUGCUGACCAAGUACGCCAUUCGGAAGUGGAGAGAGUGGCGAGAUGCCCGUCCGCAGAAGCUAUGUGCCAAAGCACCCCAACUGGACUGCUGUGUCGACAGCGUGAUGGCCUGGUACGACAGGCAAGCUUUGGCGCAGCGGCAAACCGAAGCCGAGUUCCGGGCCGACAGCCAGGAUCUGUUGGCGCGAGCUCUACAGUAUCCGAACUCGUGCACGCCGUGGUCUGUCACGCUUUAUGCGGAGCCACCGGACGACGAGACGCUGAAGGUUCUGCUUGCUCGCGAGAUGGAGCAGGGUGCUCCGGGGAUUUUCACGCGAAAGAUCCGGACCCACCUCUCUCUCUUCGGUGUGACCAGCGGUUGGACGAGCCUCAAACGGGAUGCCCGCCUGGUCGUGGCAAGGUCAACCUUUAUGAUCGAAUGGCCGCGCAAGGAGGGUGCCAAGCAUGCAGAGACCCUGAGGUUCAGCACAAGCUGCGAGGACUUCAUUCCGAUCGGUGGCAAGGAUUCCCGCGACACGAAGGGCCUCCGUGCGAAGUUCUCCAAGGGGGUUCCGCUGGGAAUUCGCUUCAAGUUUGGCGGAAGUCGGCUCAAAAAGAGGAGCUUUGAGAUGACGACGGAAGAUGAAAGCAUGUGCUUUCUGGCGAAUGCAAUGUGCCGAGCCGCCUGCUAUCGGCCAGAGGCCUGCGACGACUACCUUGACCCUGAGGCGGUGGUGGACUUGCAAGGGAAAGCGGCCCAAAAUGUCAACAACCUGUUGAAGCUUUGCGCUCCGGUUGCUGGCCUCGCUCGGGCCACCGGGGUGAAGCCAGGCAACUUCAGCUUAGAACACAGCCUGGGCCCUGUGGCAUUGCGGCCUUUUGUUUGGCACCACCUCUUCCAUCAGGGGCAGGGUAUGCCGGUCUCAAGGACCGAGGCCAUGGCAUACUCGGCAGCAGUGUGCGACAAGCAUGUUCUGCCACACUGGACCUGUGGGACGGAGGAAUGCUCACUUUGCCAGGGGGUGGCAUCCAUGUACUCUUCAUCACAGAAUGCGGAGCAAUGGUGCACCACCUUUCAGGUGAAGGAUUCGGAGAACACCUCUGACACCUAUGCUCGGGAUCUUGGCCGCUACUACAAGUGCCACUACCUCUCAGAGUACUUGGAGAGCACGGAGGAUAAGAAUCGCCUAAGCGAGCGGAAGGCUACGAUAGUGGAGACUUGCCAAUCUCGCACCUUCUGCUCGGAGAAGUCCAACACUCUUCCCACAUUGGAUAUGCGCCCGGGUUUGCGACAAGGCACUCCAGAAUAUGCGGAUUCGCAGUGCCGCUUGUGCGUGGAGUUCGUUCAGCGGGCCGCUGCGGGACUGAAGCCGAAAGCUUUCUGCAAUGCCAUUCCCAGCAUGUACCAGCAGCAGAGGGCGUUCUGCGAAGGCACGUUGGAAGAGAUGAUGGCGGCCAUCCCAGGUAUAAAGAACGCCCAGGAACGGGCCUUCUGGAGCGGUUGGUUCGGCAGCGAAUGGUCUGCCGGAUUGGCUGGCGAUGCCUGCAACCGACUUUGUCAGGGUGCGGUGAAGCGGAAUCCUGGCAUCAAGAAGACCCUGAAGAAUCCCUCGCCGCUGCUGAUGGCAGGCGAGGACAGUGAACCUGCUCCACCUGGUGAAGCUUCGGAGAACUGGCAGCCAGCGGCCACAGACACGAUCACGAAGUCGCCCUGGAUGAAGAAAGCUUUGAAAAGCGUGAAGGUGAGUCUACCCCUGCGGGCUGUGAGCGGAACCCAGGUGGUCAUCUGGCGCCUUGAGGACCAGUUAAGUGGGGCCAUCAGCGGCUGGGAAGCCCUUCUCAAGGAAAUCGCCUGGGACGGGACCUUCACACAGAAACGUGUGUGGCCGCGAACGGGCCCCACAGGAGUCAUGUCCAAGAAGGUGCAGGAGGCGGUGUUUCUUAUGAUCAGGGAGGCAUCGCUUCUGAGGAGCCACGUAAAUUUCAUCUCCGCCAUCCUCGAGACGAAGCUAAACCUGCGAGUGGCAGUUCGCACGGCGGAGGAUCUGGUCCGGCGCAUGGAUCUGCUCGUGCAAAACUUCGAUGCUAUGGACCAGGUGCUCGACGGCAUGAAGCCUUCGAAGGUGCCGUCGCGUUUCCGACGCCGACUUCAGAAAAGAGCACGCGAUCAAGAAAGACUUUCGGUUUGCUACGCCGUCGUCGUGGAACGGCAUGAGACGUAUAUGCCCAUCUUAGACGAGCUGAGCCAGAGCUUGCGCCAGGCGACUGACAAACUCCUUGAGGCGAGGCAAAGGGGCAUUCGGUAUUCGCCCAAAGACACAGGUCUUCUCGACACCCUGGCGAAAUUCUAUUUGGUCCUGCCGGCGGAGGAGCAGACUCGGUUCACCAGACUGAAGCAGUGGCUGAACCCUCUCAAUCUCUUCAGAACUAAGCUGAGGAUUGACAAGCUCGUCGAGCAAGAUUCGAAGGAUUGCUCCUUCCGGAAGGUUCGCAAAAUGACGCAAAGCGGCGUCUGGAAGGAGUUCCAAAGCUGCUGUACCGAGCGGACGCAGCAGGUCUUGGGUUGGGAAACCAACAUCCGAAAUGUAAACAUCCAGAUCAACAAGAUUCUGGACAUGAUGAAUUAUGUGAAGGGUAACUUCGUCACCCGCAACAUCCGCAAAGCCUACAGAGCUGUGAGGGGCGCCUUCGUUGGCGCGGACCGCAAGCGUGGCAUCUGGGUGGAGGAGGAGGCUGCCGACCUCCUCAACCUCACAGCGAACGACUUCCGUGACGCUUUGGAAGAGGAGAGGCGGGUGAGCUCCAGGCGAGGUGCGAAGUACAAGCGCCUGACGGAGGAGAUGUUCAAUUCCAUUGGUGAUCGGGGCAUCCGCCGUGGCUUCUUCAGAGAGCUGAGGUACGAUGUGGUGAAGCGCAAUGCCAGGAAGGAGCUGAAGGAAGGCAAGGAGCACUUUCUGAAGAUCCGAUCUCUUCUGAACAAGCUCGCGAGCCGCAUCGCUGUCGACGAGGAGAACUUCCCGGAAAUCACGGAUGAAGGCAACAGCUCCUUCGAAGAAGUGAAAUUCGUAGCUCAGUCGCACCUUUGCAUUGUGGAGACAGACACUUCCUCCGUUUCCGUUCAGGAUUUCGGAGAUUAG